GUGCUUGUUGAGAGGCACAAAUGAGCUCUUUGGCCCCAUUGCCAUCUCCAGCAUCUGCUUAUGUCUAGACAUGAGCCAGAGGCAGGCGGACUUGCUCUUCGCAGUGAAGUGCGCCGGGUGCCUGGAGGCCAUCGCGCCCAGCGAGCUGGUGAUGCGCGCCCAGAAGAGUGUCUAUCACCUGCGUUGCUUCUGCUGCUGCGUCUGCGAGCGACGCCUGCAGAAGGGCGACGAGUUUGUGCUGAAGGAGGGGCAGCUCCUCUGUAAGGGCGACUAUGAGAAGGAGCGGGAGCUGCUGAGCUUGGUGAGCCCAGCUCUGUCGGAUUCUGGCAAAAGUGAUGACGAGGACAGCAUCUGCAAACUGGGCCAAGCCUCGGGGAAGGGAGCGGAGGAUGGAAAGGAUCACAAGCGGCCCAAGAGGCCCCGGACGAUCCUGACCACGCAGCAGCGCAGGGCAUUCAAGGCAUCGUUUGAGGUCUCCUCCAAGCCCUGCAGGAAGAUGAAGAAGUUGGCCAGGAGGCAACAGCAGCAGCAGCAGGAUCAGCAAAACACCCAGCGCCUGAGCUCAGCGCAGACAAACAGCACGGGGCUGGAGGGGAUGCUGAACCCCUACACUGCACUGCCCCCACCCCAGCAGCUGCUGGGCAUGGAGCAAAGUGUCUACGGCUCUGAUCCCUUCCGGCAAGGGCUCACCCCACCACAGAUGCCCGGAGACCACAUGCACCCCUACGGUGCCGAGCCCCUCUUCCAUGACUUGGAUAGUGACGAUACCUCACUGAGCAACCUGGGCGACUGCUUCCUUGCCACAGCGGACGCGGGGCCGCUCCAGGCACGAGUGGGGAACCCCAUCGACCACCUCUACUCCAUGCAGAACUCCUACUUCACCUCCUGA